AUGCGGCCCCAUUUUCUCUAUGUUAGUGCUUUGAACUACCAUGCUACAGUAGCAGCGGCCCACAGAGCGGCAGCUUUGUGCUUUCAACAAUGGUUCUUGGCGACCUCCAUCGCAGUGUGUUCGCAUGGUAGGUUCCACCCGUUCUCGCAACCGGCCGGUCCUGACGGUUGUUUCCUACCGCCAGAUGCUGCUGAUUGUCCGCCGUCGGUUCUCCACGAUUUCCCAGCCCUCAAUUGA